GCGACUUUUUCCUACGUUCAACCGCAUGUAGACCCGUUUAAAGACUGAGGGUUAUAGCUCCAGCGACCCAUGAGUACCUACUUCCAAAUCUUCGUUUGCAACACAGGCUGAGAUGCUGUCCCCAAUCGCACUCGGUUGCGCCCUGAGCCUGGCCAACACCGCUUUGGCGCACGGUUGGAUCGAUAAGUUGACUAUUGCGGGCCAAGACUACGAAGGGUUCAACCCUACAGCGGCACCAUGGGUACCUGAUCAAGGUACUAUCAGCUGGCCAGCCUGGAACACCGACACAGGACCUGUGUACAGCAGCAACCUACAGAGCCCGGACAUCAUCUGCUCGAUCAAUGCUACCAACGCCAAGCUGUACAGCACUUCGAUUGCCGCGGGACAAACCAUCAACCUUCAUUGGACGACCUGGCCCGACAGCCACCACGGGCCCAUCUUCUCUUACCUGGCAGCUUGCAAUGGUGACUGCACGACGGUGAAGAAAGACCAGCUCAGAUGGUUCAAGAUCGCGGAGGUGGGCCAGAUCUCCCUCGGCACAGGCGGCGGAAAGGCGGGUGUCUGGGCCGACGACCAACUGCGUGCGGCGGAUGGUGCCUGGUCUGUGAAGAUCCCAGCCUCAAUCAAGGCAGGUAACUACGUUCUACGCCACGAGAUCAUUGCGCUUCACUCCGCCUACGAUGUCGGCGCUGCUCAGUUCUACCCACAGUGUGCAAACAUCAAGAUCACGGGUGGCGGCAAUGCUACACCGGAAGGUGUGGUUGGAACCUCUCUCUACAAUGAAAAUGAUCCUGGUGUGCAUUACAACAUCUACAAUGACGAGUCCAAGCCGGUCUACCCGAUGCCCGGUCCCAAGCUCUUCACAGGUUGAACUUUCACACUGUUCGACAUUGAUCUCGAUUCUGUAGAGGGACGGCGGUGGAACACAGCUAGUGUCUAGCAGUUGUCACUGGGUAUUUCUUGAGAUGGAAUCAACUAGCUACGGUCUACUUCUUAUGUCAACACGCUUACUGCGAUUUUAUUCCAGUUGUUCCACUAGCCCUUGUCAUUGAUUUUUGAGAUUGCUGGCCUCCUGAAAGUGGUCUUUAUCAUUAACAAUCGAGCCUACAUGGUCAUCUGACUUUUCCUCACUAACAACCAUGACAUAGGUGGGCUGUAUUGUGAAUUCUCUUUCCAUAUGUGGAUAUUAAGUCCAAGGUCACUGUCCUACUGUAUCAGCGCCUUUGUAUUCACUUACAUUGGGGUUGAACCAUAUCCUCAGAGUUUUUGAUGGAACAUGCUUUCUCGGAUCUUCCCGUGCAACAUGUACCUCGUAGCUU